GAUUAUGUAUAAAAAGAGAAAACUGUAUGGGUUCUGCACCAGUGCAAGGCCAAGUGAAGAAGCAUCCUGAUUAACAUCUGAAAAUGAUGCUGAAAAGGGUAUUUCCACUUGGAAUCUUCCUGACUGCAUUCAUAGCAAGCGUAGCGGUUUCGUCAAAAUUUGACUUUUGUUCAGUGAAGUUGGAGCCCGUUGGCUGCUACAAGGAGAAGCUUGAAAACAGGGCUUUAAAACAAGAGAUCGUGCUCCAGCAACCGUCAAGCCUCGAGUUUCACCCUCAGAGCCAGGAAGGCUGGGAUAAAUGGAGCAAGUUCCUGCCAACGUUUAUCUGCGAAUGUGCAAAACUGGCUUUCCAAAAAGGUUACAAAGUUAUUGGCAUUCAAUCAUUUGGACGAUGCUUCAGUGGCCUUACAGCCCAUUUAACUUAUCAAAAACAUGGGGAAACUGAGGAGUGCAUUGAUGGGUCUCUGAAGAGCUGCUCGACAACAGAUAAUGUUUGUUCCGGAGAGGCCAUGGUCAACUUUGUCUACAGAAUAGCGCCAACAGAGUGCAACAUUCGUUAUGAGCCUCUUGGAUGCUUUGCUGAUAAAGUUUCCGGGUUACGUCCAUUACCGGAGCUGUUGAUUACCGAACGAAGUUACUCCAGUCCUAAAUGGAACGGUUACUAUAUUGAUUGGGGAACCUGGAACAAUUAUUCACCAUUAAUGAUUUGCAGAUGUGCAACAAAAGCUAGGGAGCUGGGACGAAAAACGUUUGGCAUCCAGUUUUAUGGCGAAUGCUGGUCAGGAGAUGAUUCAAACAGCUACUCUAAAGAUGGUGAGAGCACAAGGUGCAUUGCAAAGGACUUCAAACCAUGCCGUUACAAUUCUUAUCAUUGUAUUGGCCAAGACCACGCCAACAGUGUGUAUAGAAUCAUUGAUCUCAACGAAUCUGGUAAUAGCAGCACGGUGAAGACAAGUCACAAAUGACUCGCUACCUAGUUGUAGAUUUAGUUUAGGAGGAAGCUGUUUAUCUUACUUAAAAACAAUAAAAUGGCGUUUC